UGGAGAAGCUGUCACUUGUGUUGCGCUGGAAGCGGACUCCUUCAGUUCGGAGGUGGUAGGAAGCAGUGGCACCUCUCAAGGGAGUCGGGCAACAACGAAGAGUGUGGCGGUAGAAGCAGGGAGCGUCCGUUGCCUCAUCAGAAAGCACUUCGCGCCGCUUUAAACAGAAGCUGCCUCUCACCCCCCACCCCGCCGUUGCUCCCCCGACCCUGUGGCGCACUGUGUGGCUGUUUGGCACAGCCGCUUCUCGUCGGUCGUCGAGACAGGGUCUUCCCGGCCUUCCCCUGGUUUCCCUUUGGCUCGAUUGACCCUGGCCAGUCCGUCAGGGUGGACCGCACAGCUACCUUCAGUUCCUACUCGUUGGCUGCGCAAGUCCAACCCCACGUAUGCCGGCCUUGUGUGUGCCUUAUCGCGGAUGGCGCCGUUGAAAAUCUUUCCCCCUCCUCCUCCUCCCCUGUCACGGCUGAGAGGAAGCCUUGCAGCGUCCACUCACUCUUGCCUCCCACUGCUGACACCCGCACCCUGAGGGUUACUGCUGUUUCUUCACCCCGCCGCCGUCCUCCUCUUGGCAAUCAACCUGAGUAUCGUCGUGAUAUCGACUGCCUCUGGUGACGCGCGCCACGGGGAGGGUUUGAACAUGCCUUUGCGUAUGUGCUGCUGCCCCCGCUGCUGCUGCUCUUCCUCAUCCCCUGUUUUUGCUGCCACAGCUGGUCGUGCGGUGCCCCUCAUGGGCGCCGGAGCUGAUUCUCCGCAGAUACUUUUGUGAGGCAAGGCAGGAAAGGAGAAGCGGUGAAAGAGGAUGAACCACGUGGGCAGCCCUGUGAAAGCUUAUGACUUCUUGCUGAAAUUCCUGCUGGUGGGGGACAGCGACGUGGGCAAAGGGGAGAUACUAGCUAGCCUGGAGGAUGGAGCCACAGAGUCGCCUUAUGGGUACAAUAUGGGUAUUGAUUACAAGACAACAACAAUACUUCUGGAUGGCCGUCGAAUAAAGCUGCAGCUCUGGGACACGUCUGGGCAAGGUAGAUUCUGCACUAUAUUUCGUUCCUAUUCCAGAGGGGCCCAGGGUGUGAUACUGGUAUAUGAUAUUACAAAUCGCUGGUCAUUUGAUGGCAUUGAUCGAUGGAUAAAGGAGAUAGAUGAGCAUGCUCCUGGUGUACCCAAAAUCCUUGUUGGUAACCGCCUACAUCUAGCAUUCAAACGACAAGUUUCUACUGAGCAAGCACAGGCCUAUGCUGAAAGACUAGGCAUGACAUUCUUUGAAGUAAGCCCACUCUGUAACUUCAACAUCACAGAGUCCUUUACAGAACUUGCAAGGAUAGUGUUAAUGAGACAUGGAAUGGACCGGUUGUGGAGGCCAAACAAAGUCUUGAGUUUGCAAGAUCUUUGUUGCCGCUCCAUAGUUUCAUGCACCCCUGUGCACCUUGUUGACAAACUUCCACUACCUGUUGCCUUAAGAAGCCAUCUCAAAUCAUUCUCUAUGGCCAAUGGUCUUAAUGCUAGGAUGAUGCAUGGUCGUUCCUACUCUCUCACUGCCAGCAACAACAACAAAGGAAACAGUCUGAAGAAAGCCAAAAUCAUCUGUCCACUCCAGAGCCCUCCAAAACACUGCACCAGAAAUAGCUGUAAAAUCUCUUAAGCUUCUCAUUGGAAAGGUUUGGCCAGAGCCUUUAACACAAGGACUCAUAUAGUCAGGUUUGUUGUGUAUAUUGCAUUGCAGAAACAGAACAAAAUAAAAUGUUAUUUUGGAGUAAUUUGUUUUUAAUAAAGCUGCUUCCAGAUGUAUGAUGCACUCUGUGCAAACAAAGGAAUGUGAAACUUUGUUGUUGGAUUUUUUUAUAUAUCCAUUUUGAUGUGCUGGGGACUUUGUGUGUUUUAUAAAGGGAAUAAUUUAUCUCACAGUACUGAGCUUUUGAUGACACAAUCUCAGAAGUGAGUCGUUUUUAAUUGCUCAAAUAUUGUUCAAGCACAACAUUUUAUUUGCAGUUAAAUAGGAAUCAGUGUCAGUCUGUAGAUUCAGGCAGUUUUUAACCACAAUGUAUUGUAUACAUUGUAAAAGAUACAAUAGUGAAACAAUUCUUGUGAUUUUGCAGUAGAGCAUCUGAAAAUAGUUCUGUACAGUUUCCUCAGUGAUUUUGACGCACUACUUUGAGCUAUCAGUGUGUAUAUGCAAUAUGCACAAGAUUUUCAUGUAUAAAAUAUUUGAUAAAAGUUUUUUGCUAUGUUGUUUAGGGAUUAAUCUGUGGUUUAUAUGCUUAUUUUUCUGGUAAAUCUACAUUUUUGUAUUGGAUAUUCGAGUGAUCAGUUAUAUAGCAAGAAAAAGCCAAAGACAUCAGAUGUAUUUGCAACACAUUAGUAAGAAGAAUGUGAUUUGAAAAGCUGCUUUAUCAGGAAAGGACGCUAUUUAAAAAUAAAACACUAAAAAAGUCCUGAAAAGUGUUAAUGUGUUUUUUUCUCUACUUAAAUAUUUUCCUGAACUCCCAAGGGUUUAAGGCAGAUGGCUUUCAUUCAUAAUUUAUUCAUGACUUGGUUAAAGGGCUGUCUCCCAGUCUAGCCUGUGAGAGGUCAGGAAGAUGCUUAAAUUGAACAGCCUGAUUCUAUGUGGUGAGGCUAAUUGUUGGUUUUUAACUAAGCUGGAGGUAUUUUUUUUUCUGUUGCUGUGCUGUUCUAUUGUAAAUUGAUUUGUUUUUAACAUGGUUUUGAUUAUUUUAUAUGGUUCAGUUUGAUUUGAACUGAAACAUUUUUAUAGUGUAUCUUAGAUUCCCUCCCCCCCAUUUUUUGGUUUACUUUAUUUUUAUCUUUAUUGGGGAGAGGUUUCUGAACAGCAUUUGUCCCGCAUUACCCUUUGCUGCUGCCACCACCAUCUUCCAGGAGAACAGAACCAGGAUCCACAUGACACCAUCAAUAAAACCUGAUGUUCCAGAUCUACUAUUGUGAGGGCAAUAUAAUCUGGCUAUGACAUAUUUUAUUAUUGCAAUCCACUUUAAGAAUAUAAGAUGAUGCUGGAUCAGACCAAAGGCCCAUCUGGUUGAGCAUCCUGUUCUCACAGUGACCAACCAGAUGCCUCUGGGAACUUCACAAGCAGGACAUUAGCGUAGCAGCACUCUUCCCCAUUUGUGCUCCUCAGCAACUGGUAUUCAGAGGCAUACUGCCUUACAAUACUGGGGGUAAUACACAGCCAUCUUCGCUACUAGCCACUGCUAACUUUGUUCUUGUUAUGUGCCUUCAGGUCGAUUUUGACUUAUGGCGGCCCUAUGAAUCAGUGACCUCCAAGAGCAUCUGUUAUAAAUCACCCUGUUCAGAUCUUGUAAGUUCAGGUCUCUGGCUUCCUUUAUGGAACCAAUCCAUCUCUUGUUUGGUCUUCCUCUUUUUCUACUCACUUCUGUUUUCCCCAGGAUUAUUGUGUUUUCUAGUGAAUCAUGUCUUCUCAUGAUGUGUCCAAAGUAUGAUAACCUCAGUUUCAUCAUUUUAGCUUCUAGUGAUAGUUCUGGUUUAGUUUGUUCUAACAUCCAAUUAUUUGUCUUUUUCGCAGUCCAUGGUAUCUGCAAAGCUCUCCUCCAACACUACAUUCCAAAUGAGUUGAUUUUUCUCUUAUCUGCUUUUUUCACUGUCCAACUUUCACAUCCGUAAAUAGAGACCGGGAAUACCAUGGUCUGAAUGAUCCUGACUUUAGUGUUCAGUGAUACAUCUUUGUAUUUGAGGACCUUUUCUAGUUCUCUCAUAGCGCCCUCCCCAGUCCUAGCCGCCUUCUAAUUUCUUGAUUAUUGUCUCCAUUUUGGUUAAUGACUGUGCCAAGUUCAAUGUCCUCACUGUCAACUUUAAAGUUACAUAAAUCUUCUGUUGUCAUUACUUUAGUCUUUUUGACGUUGAGCUGUAGUCCUGCUUUUGUGCUUUCCUCUUUAACUUUCAUCAGCAUUCAUUUCAAAUCAUUACUGUUUUCUGCUAGUAGUAUGGUAUCAUCUGCAUAUCUUAAAUUAUUGAUAUUUCUCCCUCCAAUUUUCACACCUCCAUCUUGGUCCAAUCCUGUUUUCCGUAUGAUAUGUUCUGCAUAUAGAUUAAACAAAUAGGGUGAUAAAAUACACCCUUGUCUCACACCCUUUCCGAUGGGGAACCAAUCUGUUUCUCCGUAUUCUGUCCUUACAGUAGUCUCUUGUGCAGAGUAGGUUGCGCAUCAGGACAAUUAGAUGCUGUGGCACCCCCAUUUCUUUUAAAGCAUUCCAUACUGAUAGCUUUAUUCUCCAUGAAUUUGUCUUAGCCUGUCUUAAAGCCAUCCAAGUUGGUGGCCAUUACUACAUCAUGCAGUAGCUAAUUCCAUUGUUAAACACUUUGCGAUGUGAAGAAGUAUUUCUUUUUCUCUGUCGUGAAUCUUCCAACUCUCUGCUUCAUUGGGUGUCCGUGGGUUCCAAUAUUAUGAGAAAGUGAAAAAACUUUAUGUAUCCACUUUGUCCACACCAUACAUAAUUGUAUGCACCUCUAUCAUGCUCUCCCCUUUAUUCAGCAUUUUUCUAAACUAAAAGUGCCAAAUAACCUUUCCUUACAGGGGAGUCGUUCCAGCCUCUCGAUCUUUUUGGUUGCUUUUUUGCGCACUUUUUCAAGCAAUACAAUAUCCUUUUGGAGGAGAGAUGACCAGAACUACAGUUUUCCAAGUCUGGGUGAACCAUAGAUUUAUAUAAAGACAGUUUGCUUUUCAUUCCCUUUCUUAAUGGCCCAUAACAUGGAAUUCAUCUUUUUCAACAUGCUAUACACUAGGUCACAUUUUCAUUGAGCUAUCCACCACAACUCCAAUGUCUUUCCUGGUCAGUCAUUGCCAGUUCAGUUCAGCAUAUAUGUGAAGUGGGGAGUAGCCUCAAUGUACAUACUUGCUUACCCUGAAUCACAUUUGCCAUGUUAAUGCCAUUCAUCCAGUCCUCACAAUCCCUUUUUGUUUUUACCACCCUAAAAAAUUUUGUGUCAUCAACAAAUUUGGCUCCUCCGUUGCUCACCCCUAACUUUGUGAACAAGUUAAAAAGCACAGUGGCUACUGUGGGGUACCCACUUUUUACACACAGACAGAACUGGGAGAACUCAAUUUGUUCUAGCUCUCUUUUUGGUUUUUUAGUCUAUUACUCAUCCAUAAGAGGAUCUGUCUCUUAUCCUAUAACUACUAAGCUUACUCAGAAAUCUUUGGUGAAGGUUAGGUACUUCAUCAAAAGUUUUUCAAAAGUCUAAAUGUACAAUGCCAACAAGAACACUUCUAUCUAUAUACUAAAAGAACUCUAAAAGGUCAGUAAGAUAGGACUCACUUUGAGGAAGCUGUGCUUGUUCUUCUCCAGCUAGACUUGUUAUUCUAUAUGCAUGAUGAUUCUAUCUUUAAUAGAGUUUUUCACCCAUUUCCCCAGAACAGAUGUUAAGUUAACCAGCCUACUGUUUCCCAAAUCCUCUCUGGAUCCCUUUUUUAAAAUUUGUGCUACAUUAGCCACUUUCCAGUCCUCUGAUAUAGAGGCUGAUCUUGAGGACAAGUUACAUAGUUUUGUUAGAAGAUAAGCAAUUUCGCAUUUGAGUUCUUUGAGAAUUCUUGAGUAUAUGCUAUCUAGACCCAGUGAUAGGGAUGGAAAGAUUUGUCUCUUUCGGUUCUCUCAGUUUCUCAUUUUUCCAAUGUUAAAUUCAGUUCUCUACAUUUCUGCAGCAAUCUGUGAUUUUUUUUUAAAUCCUCAUGAAAAUUCUUCACCAUUUUAGUGGAAUUUCUCUAAACACAUUUUUGUAGAUAGUUUUGACAAAGGUACACAUUUUUGGAAGCCAUUUCUCAUCAUGCCUUUUUGCAUGUUAUUUUCACUUAUGUAUGCAUUUUAUGCACAUUUUCCCCUAAUAUAUGCAUUUUUGUAAAUGUU